GGCCCAGGGUCGUCAGUCAGCUGGCGAGAGGGGUUCCGAGUGGAGGGCGGAGCGACUGCCGACGGGAGAACAACAGCCACAGUUUGAACUGCCAGGGCGCUGGAUACCAGCUCGCAAUGGGUGUGACACAGUGGGCUGUUUUCGUGGCUGCUCUGUCGUUAGCCUCCGGCCAGAGGAACCCGUCGAUAUCGUUCAUCAGCAAGGAGACGGUGACAGACAUCGGAGCAACGGCGCUACUGAAAUGUUCAGUGCAGUUCGCCAGCGAAUCCCCGGUGAUGUGGUUCAAACAGGCCAGCGGGCAUAACGUCAACGACGUGCCCAUAUCGACCAACAACAUCCUGAUCGCGCAGGAGCCGCGCUUCUCCAUCGACCGUGAGGGCGACACGGUCACACUGAAGAUCAGCGACAUCCAGGAGUCUGACCAGGGCACGUACGAGUGUCGGGUACAGAUCAGUGUCCGUGAGUCCAUCAGUGGCACGGUGCUGCUAGCCGUCCGACUGAAGCCAGUCAUCUCGGACAACUCGACAAGGUCUGUGAUUGUCUCCGAGGGCGAGACGGCCGAGAUUGCCUGUUACGCUACCGGAUUCCCCACGCCGGAGAUCACGUGGAGGCGGGACAACAACUUCCUGCUGCCGACCGGCAAGGCCAUCCACCGUGGUAACGUUCUACGUAUGGAGAACAUUCAGAAGAUUGCCCGAGGCACCUACUACUGCGUGGCCGACAACGGCGUGGGACGCGGCUCCAAGCGGAACGUGGCCGUGGAGGUGGAGUUCGCUCCCGUCAUUACCGUGCCCAGACCGAAGGUCUACCAGGCUAUGCAAUAUAACAUGGACCUGGAGUGCCUGGUGGAAGCCUAUCCACCGCCAAGUAUUACCUGGCUCAAGGACGGUAUCGUCCUCAACAACAACCAGCAUCAGAUGAUGUCUAUGUUCCCUAUCACGGACCAGACAACUGACAGCAACCUGCGUACGCUGACAAUCGAGAAGAAACAGUACGGCAACUACACCUGCCGCGCCGCCAACCGGCUCGGGACCACCGAGUCCGUCGUCGAACUCGUCGAGGCCUUCAUUCCGGUGUGCCCCCCGGCUUGUGACGUACCCGGGUACAGCACCAACAGCCGCGCACCGCCGCUGGUGCUGGCCAGCGCCGUGCUGGUCGCCGUGCUGGUCGGCGCUGUCACCGCCGCUGGCCUGAGGCACCACUGAGGCAGCGCUGAGGCAGAGCUUAGCCAACGCUGAGGAACUGUUGCCCGAGAGCUCAACAGACAGAAUCUCGAAAUGCGGGAAACAUCGUGAUCUUCCGUCCGUUAUCGAUGGCUGUUGGCAGUGGCCGAAAAGCUGUGGGCUGCAGCGCUGUAGCUGAUUGACAUCUCCGACCACACAACCACAAAGAGACGUCUGUCACAACACUGUCAUUCUUCACAGUGUAAUCCGAGACUUUCGUCAAUGAUCCGUCCAACAAGUGAACUUGCAUUAUGAUAAAUGGUUGGAGUUGGUGUUGACGUGUCUACUGAACUUCAGCAGAUGGAUAUAAAUAGGCCUAUAAUAGAUUUGUGAGUUUGACGAAUGGUGUGCUGCUUUCCCAGUGUCGUGUAUAAGCUCACUGGUAAGCAUUUAGAAAGUGAUGAUGCUGGUUUUGCUAUACCGUAAUGUACACGUGUGGACUCGCCUAUAUGUUAUGUAGCAUUGAAGUCGUGAUGUUGCAGCUGAACACUGGCCCUUGUGAAUCUUUGAGCUAGGAUGUGUGUGCCAAUGUAUUGAGAACGAUCUAAACGUUGUUUGUAUAGAAAUAACAGCUCAUGAUUUCUAGGUGUAGUUUUAAAGGACAUCUACAUAUAACCUUAUUUUUGAAAAGGCUGAAUAGCAUAUCUUUUAUUUUUGAUUAUAACGAAUUGCAGAUCUUCUAUUCCUUAGGAACGAACAGUACUGCGUCACACAGCCAAUGCAAACUGAUGUCUCAAAUACAAAUGUUCUGUAUGCCUAAACAUAAAAGUGACGCCUAUAGGUCCAGUGACGAUAAUCAGUACCUUCUUUUUGCAAGACCGUUUACUGCUGCUUGUGCUCACUUUUUGUUAUUUCUUUCAUGAUUCCAUCUUAAUUUUGUCUUGUCUUGGAUAACCUUGUAGGGCCGUACAAAUAAAAAAAAAUGCUGCAAAAA